CCCCGCCCCGCCCCGCCCCUCGGCGCGCUCGGCCGCGGCGCGAGCCGCCAAGAUGGCGUCGGCCCUGGAGCAGUUCGUCAACAGCGUCCGGCAGCUCUCGGCCCAGGGGCAAAUGACCCAGCUUUGUGAACUGAUCAAUAAAAGUGGAGAGCUGCUAGCAAAAAAUCUUUCCCAUCUGGAUACAGUGCUUGGUGCCCUGGAUGUACAGGAACACUCACUAGGUGUUCUUGCUGUCUUGUUUGUGAAGUUUUCUAUGCCCAGCAUCCCUGACUUCGAAACGUUAUUCUCACAGGUGCAGCUUUUUAUCAGCACUUGCAAUGGAGAACACAUUAGAUAUGCAACAGACACUUUUGCUGGCCUGUGCCACCAGUUAACAAAUGCCCUUGUGGAGAGAAAGCAGCCCCUGCGAGGAAUUAGCAUUCUCAGACAAGCCAUAGACAAGAUGCAGAUGAACACAAACCAGCUGACCUCAAUACACGCAGAUCUCUGCCAGCUCUGUUUGUUAGCAAAAUGCUUUAAACCUGCCCUCCCGUAUCUAGAUGUGGACAUGAUGGAUAUUUGUAAAGAGAAUGGGGCAUAUGAUGCGAAGCACUUUUUAUGUUACUACUACUAUGGUGGGAUGAUAUACACUGGGCUAAAGAACUUUGAAAGAGCACUCUACUUUUAUGAACAGGCAAUAACUACUCCAGCCAUGGCAGUCAGUCAUAUUAUGUUGGAAUCAUAUAAAAAGUAUAUCCUAGUUUCUUUGAUACUACUUGGUAAAGUUCAGCAGCUACCAAAAUACACUUCCCAGAUAGUUGGUAGAUUCAUUAAGCCUCUUAGCAAUGCUUACCAUGAAUUAGCACAAGUUUAUUCAACCAAUAAACCCUCGGAGCUUCGAAAUCUGGUGAACAAACACAGUGAAACUUUCACAAGAGAUAACAAUAUGGGUCUGGUUAAACAAUGCUUGUCAUCUCUCUACAAAAAGAAUAUUCAGAGGCUAACCAAGACAUUUUUAACAUUGUCAUUACAAGACAUGGCAAGUCGAGUGCAGCUGUCGGGGCCCCAAGAAGCAGAAAAAUACGUCCUCCACAUGAUAGAAGAUGGUGAAAUCUUCGCAAGUAUUAAUCAGAAAGAUGGUAUGGUCUGUUUCCAUGAUAAUCCUGAAAAAUAUAACAAUCCAGCUAUGCUUCAUAACAUUGAUCAGGAGAUGCUGAAAUGUAUAGAGCUAGAUGAACGACUGAAAGCCAUGGAUCAAGAGAUCACUGUGAACCCUCAGUUUGUGCAGAAGAGUAUGGGCUCUCAAGAAGAUGACUCAGGGACCAAACCAUCCAGUUAUUCUUGAAAUUAAUGUUGCUCACCACUCCGCUUUCAAGUAAAAGCUUACGAAAGAAUCACGCCUGGAACAGGGCAUUGAGGAGUUCCAUAAAGAGCAGAGAGAACUGAGCUUUGCUUUUCACCUGGACAUUAAGAAAAUAAAAGAACACCCUCUCAGUACUGUAUAAUAUCAGAAAUAUUCUCUGCAAAGAAAAAGGAAAUCUCAAAAGAAACUUGAAAGUCUGUUGUGGAUUUAUUUAUCUUCAGAUUAACAUUGUUAAUGCAUUAAAUAAUCUGCCUUUUGUUUUAAAGGGUUUGAAUGUUGCCGUGUUUCUGUAGCAGUCCUCCUCUACUGCAAAAGAAAGUGUUAUUCAGGGAAGAAUACAAACUAGUGUUGGUUCACUUACAAGAUAAUUAUUGGUUCAUUGUUCUGUAUUUGAACUUGGCUCAAAGUGCAGAUUUAUCAUAUGUGUGGUGGGGGCAGAGAGGUGGAGUUCAAGCAAAUCAUAAUGUAGGGAAUUUGCAUAUGCCCAAUGUAGCUGGUGCUGUCUGUUAAAUGAGGAAAUAAGAACUGUUCUUCCAAAAAGGAUGAGGAUAUCAACAUGUCCUUGUAAGGAAGUUUGCUGCAAAGUAAGAAUCAUAUAUGGAAAACAUACGUGACAGCUGUUUAUGAUUUUAAGUUUCUGUUGCAAAAUAUCUGCUAAUAUUAUUUGCUCUUAGAUGAAAUUUAUUAGACCUAAACAAAAGGAUAUUUGGAAAACAUUGGUGUUCUGGAGGAGUCUAGAUAGGAAGUUGUUUACACUGAAAGAAAUUUAAAUGUUUGUUCCUGUGCAACUGGCAUGAAGGUAUUCAACAGGCUGAUAGUUUCUUUGGUGGAAACCUGUAUUUCUGCAUGGAACAUAAACAGAAUUCUAUACAGCUCUCAAAAUGCAGGAUUUUAUUCAGAUAUAAUGUGUUGGAAUGGUACCUGGUUUUUAAUUUACUAUUUUAAACUUUAAAACUUUGCUAUUGGAUUCUUUAAAGUGCUUCACCCCUUAAAUCGACAGGCUGUUUAAUUUUCUGUCAUUCUCGUGUAUUUGAAGAUUCUCACUGUUCAAACACCUUCCUGUCAGGCAGAAAUAAACCUGUCAUCAAAUCAGAAAACAAGAAGCUCAACAGCCACUGCUUCCUACUGAAACACCUGGCCAGGAGCUGCUUGCUCCUGCUGCCCUGCCAGCUUUUUUCCAGGUGGGAGCUGAGAAUUUCUGGCUCUUGCUGUGAGAAGUUUGUAUGUAUUGAGGUCACCUGUGGUAGAAAAUAUUCCAUUUGUGCUUCCAGUGCUGAUACAGAAAUGGUGGUGGCAGCAGGGUGCUGCCUGCUCGUGCAGAAACGUGUCCCAGGUUGUGGUUGGUGGUGGAGGAUGUUUUUUAAAAGUAUAAAAUAGCAGUUUAGUAGUGAACACAUUGGAGGUCCAUAGUGUGAGUAGCUCAUCACUUCCUGCCUGAGAGAAUUCCAUUGGGACAACUUUUAUAUCUGAUCUUUAAAGCAAAAUCUUGGGGUUUUUCAUAACUCACAAGUCUUGCAACUAGAAGAGAUUUAUGACUUGGAAGGGUUUUUGCCUCAUUAAUCCUGCAGUGAUUUUAAUGCUGAACAUACAGCAUUUUCCCCUCUGGUUCCAUGGAAGUAUUAAAUGAGUAAUUAGUGAUGCUGUGGCUGAGCCCAAAACAGGGUGGUUGUUACAACCACAUGUGUCACUCACAGAAGGGACUGCAAACAACUGACCCCAAACCCCACCCAUCCAGAAAUGUGCCUGGCUCAACUCUCCUUGCCAGUGGCUCCCUUGCCAGGGCAGAAUGUAUUCAGGAUGCUGUCAGAAAAAAACAGGAAUGUCCAUUUUUACACUACUAGUUCCUAUUAGUGAGCAUGGAUUUACGUGCUGAGAUCUGCAGGAUGGUUUUCCAGCUGUGGAAUUAGAAGCAAGCUAAUCCAUGCAGCUGGUGAAUAGCUCUAGAUUUUUCUCUUCUUUUUCCUUGCCCAAAGUAGAUAAAACAAAUCCAUGCUCACAUCAAAAGGAUGGCAAAAAUAGCUGUGUAAUAGUUUAAAGUGAUAUAUUCCAUUACAUAUCUGAUUUUUAAGAGGGCAAAUGCUUUUAAAGUCAGAGAACGGCUGCGGUUCCUUUUCUGUCUGUGCUGUCAAUGUCUGAAUUCUGUUAGAAAUUCAAAGUCAGGUCCCACCUGUAGAAUCAGUAGAUAAAGCAUUCACCAAAAGUGCUCCAGGGAAGGGCUUUUAAGUCCUAGUUUGAUAAACACACAUGAUCUGGCAUCUGCAUGUCUUGAGAUAGCACUGAAAUUAAGUCAGAUUUUUAAUGAAGCGGCUCCUUCCAAGUCUUGGAACUAAUUGCCUGGGCUGUGGUCAGCUGAGAGGCUUCGAGAACACUUGGGCUUUCUGGUUUUAAUUUGUAUUUACUGCAGGGAAGGACUUCUGCUGAAAUAUAGGAACACUGCGUGCUGUGCUGCUCCCAACUUGGACUCUCAGAGGUCUCGUGGCUGUUCCUUCCCAUCCUGCAUGGUCACAAGAUGUGUCCAGGGAAUACGGAGUGCAUGCUUUGAUAUCUGACUCUGAUUUUGAUGCAUUUUAAUUAGCAAAGACACAAAAUGCACUUCUGAAGGCAGCAUCAGAUGUGCAGCUGCAGUUCACAGCCACAGGAGGGGUCUCUAGGCCAGUCACGGUGAGAUCUGGAAAUGUUUCUAAGGAGGAAUGGUUGGAAGCUGUGUCCAGCCAACCCCCACUCCUGGUUUUGUGCCACUGAGGAGCCCCAGAGCGUGACCUGUGCUGAGACAUUGCUCCAUGGUGUAACUGCAGCUGCCUCCUCCUCCUCCACAGCUCCGUGUGUGCCACAGCACAGCCACAGCCCCGUGUUUGUGUUGUCACAGGCCAUCUGUAUAACCCAGGAAAUGUUCUCCGUGUGGCCACGCUGGCCCGGGAGCUUAGUCCUGAGAAGUUGUUUAAAUGUACUAUUGGAAAAUAAAGAUAACAAACGA